AGGAUAGAGUCCCUGCCCACCGACCCUACAUUGCCCGUAGGCCAUAACCAUUUCUUUAAUUUUUUAUUUUUUAAAACAAAAUUAAAACAAUCAGCACUAGUUACACAUGGAAGUAGAUCCUUUGCCUAAUGAGUUGCAGAAAACUUACCAACUUGGCAGCUCUGUCAAAGAUAUAUGUGGACACUAGUGGUUUAUGUGUCUUUCGGUUCACUCAUUGAGUCCCCUUUAAAUCCCAGUAAUCUCUGGUCAUUACAGCAUCCCCGUAUUUACUACAACCUCAAUAUCAAAGAAUGGAUUCAACAAACCCAACAUCAGAAGUUGUUUAUGACAUCCCAGGGUUAUUUAAGGUGUACAAAGAUGGCCGUGUCGAAAGGUAUCGAAAACAUGAUUUUGCUGCUCCUUCCGAUAAUCCAACCACUGGUGUUCGAUCCAAAGAUGUUGUUAUUGUACCGGAGGAUAACGUAAUUGUACGCCUUUACCUUCCUAAAAUCACACAAAAUGAUGGGAAGUUUCCACUGCUCGUCUACUUCCAUGGUGGCGGGUUUGCCAUCGAAUCAGCUUUUUCUACUUACUAUGAUAGUUAUCUCCAUUCUUUAGCUGCAGAAACCAAUGUGCUUGCUGUAUCCGUCGAGUAUCGAUUAGCCCCAGAGCACAAAAUUCCUGCAUGUUAUGAUGAUUCGUCGUCUGUCAUGAAAUGGGUGUCUCAGCAUGCCAAUGGCGAGCUAGGAACUGAGCCAUGGCUGAAAAGUCAUGCCGACUUCUCUCGAGUUUUCUUGUCAGGUGAUAGCGCAGGAGCCAAUAUUGCACAUAACAUGAUGAUGCGAGCGAGUGCCGAUGAAGAUAAACUUGGAGUUGGAGAGAGGUUAAAACUAAUCGGAAUGGCAUUAAUUCAUCCCUAUUUUGGUAAAAAUAAGCCGGACCCAAUUUGGUCGUAUUGUUGCCCUGAUCCUAAAUCUGAUGACCCAAGAUACAAUCCAGCAGCACAACCGAAUUUGCUAUCGAAGCUUGUUUGCUCCAAAAUUCUGAUCUGCACUGGGGGCAACGAUUUUAUAAGGGACAGAGGAUGGGCGUACUACGAGGUACUGAAGAAAUGUGGAUGGAAAGGCCAAGUGGAGAUUAAGGAAAGUGAAGGAGAAGGACAUGUUUUCCAUUUGGUUAACCCAACUUGUGAGAAAGCUAAGGAAUUGAUGAAAUGGCUGGCCGAUUUCUUUCAGCAAUCAACCUGAAUUCCUGCUUGUAAUAUUUCAGUUGUUUCUCUUCACUGUUUUUUUAAUCAUCAAAUAAGUAGCUGUUUGGACAUGAAUUUGAAAUCAUCGAUUUGGACAGAGAUGAUUCCAAGCUGAAUUUUUUAUUAUUUGAACAUGUCCCUUGAAUUUUUAAAAUUGAAGUACUUUUUCUUAUAUAUAAAUAUGAACUUUCUCGUUUUUUUUUAAA